CCCUUGCGAUCGGCCUCGUGUGAUUGAAUCCCUGAGAGGUAUAGAAGUGGUUGACAUUGCUGCUGGGGGGGCACACAGCGCCUGUAUCACAGCUGCUGGAGACCUUUUCACGUGGGGAAAGGGAAGAUAUGGACGCCUUGGGCAUGGAGACAGUGAGGACCAACUAAAACCUAAACUGGUGGAAGCUCUCCAGGGCUACCGUGUGAUUGACAUAGCUUGUGGCAGUGGAGAUGCACAGACAUUGUGCCUGACUGAUGAUGAUACAGUCUGGUCUUGGGGUGAUGGAGAUUAUGGAAAACUUGGGAGAGGGGGCAGUGAUGGCUGUAAAGUACCAAUGAAGAUUGAUUCCCUCACAGGCCUUGGAGUCAUUAAAGUUGAAUGUGGAUCACAGUUUUCUGUGUCUCUUACGAAAUCUGGAGCAGUAUAUACUUGGGGCAAAGGAGAUUAUCAUCGGUUAGGCCAUGGAUCUGAUGACCAUGUUAGAAGACCACGGCAAGUGCAGGGACUGCAAGGAAAGAAAGUCAUUGCAAUUGCUACUGGAUCUUUGCACUGUGUUUGCUGCACUGAAGAUGGGGAAGUAUAUACAUGGGGAGAUAAUGAUGAAGGGCAGCUUGGAGAUGGAACAACUAAUGCCAUCCAAAGACCACGCUUGGUUGCAGCACUCCAGGGUAAAAAGAUCAACAGAGUAGCCUGUGGCUCAGCACAUACAUUAGCUUGGUCAACCAGUAAACCUGCUAAUGCUGGCAAGCUCCCUACACAGGUUCCUAUGGAGUACAAUCAUCUGCAAGAAAUUCCCAUCAUUUCAUUGAGAAACAGGCUUCUGCUGCUGCAUCACAUUUCUGAGCUCUUCUGUCCUUGCAUUCCAAUGUUUGAUCUUGAAGGAAGACUUGAUGAAACUGGCCAAGGACCCUCAGUUGGGUUUGAUACAUUACGGGGAAUAUUGAUAUCCCAGGGAAAGGAGGCAGCUUUCAGAAAAGUUGUGCAAGCAACUAUGGUGAGAGAUCGUCAGCAUGGGCCAGUUGUAGAGCUCAACAGAAUACAGGUGAAACGCUCCAGGAGUAAAGGAGGACUGGCGGGGCCUGACGGUACGAAGUCAGUGUUUGGACAGAUGUGUGCCAAGAUGAGUUCCUUCAGCCCCGACAGCCUGCUGCUGCCUCACCGUGUUUGGAAGGUCAAGUUUGUUGGUGAAUCUGUGGAUGAUUGUGGUGGAGGUUACAGUGAAUCAAUAGCAGAAAUGUGCGAGGAGCUUCAGAAUGGGCUGACCCCUCUGUUAAUCGUGACACCAAAUGGAAGAGAUGAGUCUGGAGCAAACAGAGAUUGUUUCCUAUUAAAUCCUGCUGCCAAGUCACUCUUGCAUAUGAACAUGUUUCGUUUUCUUGGUGUACUUUUGGGCAUUGCUAUCCGGACUGGCAGCCCUCUGAGCCUCAACCUGGCUGAGCCAGUGUGGAAACAGCUUGCAGGAAUGAACCUAACAAUUGCUGAUCUCAGUGAGGUUGAUAAAGAUUUUAUUCCUGGGCUUAUGUACAUCCGAGACAAUGAAGCUACUUCAGAAGAGUUUGAAGCUAUGAGCCUCCCGUUCACUGUGCCUAAUGCAAGUGGUCAGGAUAUCCAGCUGAGUUCCAAGUACACCCAUAUUACACUGGAUAACAGAGCCGAAUAUGUGAGGCUGGCAAUAAACUACAGACUUCAUGAAUUCGACGAACAAGUCGCAGCAGUUCGUGAGGGGAUGGCCCGUGUUGUUCCUGUUCCUCUGCUUUCACUGUUUACAGGAUAUGAACUGGAAACUAUGGUCUGUGGAAGCCCAGAUAUUCCCCUUCACCUUCUGAAGUCUGUAGCAACUUACAAAGGCAUUGAACCCACUGCUUCCCUGAUACAGUGGUUCUGGGAAGUGAUGGAGUCUUUCUCCAACACAGAGCGAUCCCUCUUCCUGCGCUUCGUGUGGGGCAGAACAAGGCUGCCCAGGACUAUUGCAGACUUCAGAGGGAGGGACUUUGUUAUUCAGGUAUUGGAUAAAUACAAUCCUCCAGACCACUUUCUUCCUGAGUCAUACACUUGCUUCUUUCUACUGAAGCUGCCCAGGUAUUCCUGUAAGCAAGUACUAGAGGAAAAACUGAAGUAUGCCAUUCACUUCUGCAAGUCUAUAGACACUGAUGAUUAUGCCCGGAUAGCGCUGACAGGAGAACCAGCAGCUGAUGACAGUAGUGAUGAUUCUGAUAAUGAAGAUGCAGAUUCUUUUGCUUCAGAUUCUACCCAGGACUACUUAACAGGACAUUAAAAAAAUAAUAUAAGGGAUAGUUGUCACAAGCACUGAGGCAAAAUGCCAAAAUAACUAUGAAGCUGAGGGCAGUUUAGGUCUCAGAAUAUAGCGUAUGUAGUCAGAGGGAUGGUAAUCUUCUGAACGUGGGGACAGUGUGUUUGCUACUCACAGUAGGAAUUAAGGGUUACAGCUUAAACCAUCAGCUUAGAAUAAAUGGCACAGUAUAUGGGCAUUUAACAUUUAUUUUUAAGAGCUGAAAGUGGCCCCCCAUAAUGCUGCACUACAUUUAGAACCUUUGUGUUUACUGAAGUGUUGUAAAUGUUUAUAUAAAUAUGGUAGUGCAGCAUCCAAAAGGCAGUGAAACCUUUAAAUUGUGGGUGCGAUAGGUUUUUUUUCAUAUUAAGUGUUGUGUUCUGUGCAUCUUCUUGAUUGUAUAUUGGAAAUACUGUGCAACAACUGAAUAGUAUUAUAAAUACUUAAAUUAACUUUACUAGAAGUUUGUUAAAAAAUUUUGGACAUUGAAUUAACAUUAUUCCUUUAAAUUCUUCUACUGAUACUAAAAAUGGCCAAUAGUUUCACCUCCACUCCCAGUUUGUAUAUUUUAGCUUAUGCAUUAUUUAUCUCAAAUUUGAUACCUUUCUGUGAACAGCAUCAUAAUUCUUCUCAUGGAAAGUGUAUUGUAUAUAAUUUGUGCCAUGUAAAUGCAAAAAUUAUAAUUUCCCUCUAAAUAAAAGUUCUGCCACAGAAA